CUCUGGAGGCAGAAUAUAGUGCGUCAACAGCGACGAUUGCCACGGAAGCAAUUCACCGCCAACCACCUCGCAGAUCCCAGGCAGCCCUGACAGCGCCCCGCCAUACCGUUUUUGAUUUAUGCGGCAUUUUGCAAAAGUCAACAAAUGAAAAUGACACGGAAAAUAAUAAUGCCAGCAGAGAGACAGAGACACAGAGCACAGAGCUUACCCAUUAAUACCAAUUUCUUUUAGCUUUCAAGGCCGCCAAGGCAGAAAUAGAGUCGCCCCCCCAAACUAGAGAAGUCCAGGCAAGCAGUAGCAGCCCGCAGAGAUAGUGUCCUCUGAGAUUUAUGUUGUACCGAACUAGAGAAACGGAGAAACAGGUGGCAAAAACAAGUUGCCGUCACAAUAGCAAUCACAAGGAACUGGGACUGAAAGUGAAACUGGAGCAGCUCUAGAGAUAAUCAACGGAUCUACUACGAUCACCAGCAGCAGCGCCAUGGGAUUGACUGGCAGCCGUGCGCUGAGCCCCGAUCAGAUGGCGAAGCAUCAGCGGGCGACGGGCCUCUCGUGCGCCCAGUUGGCGCAGCUCUAUAGCCGUUUUCGGACAUUGGAUCGACAGAGUCGCGGGUAUCUGACACCCACCGAUAUGCUGCGCAUACCGCAGCUUGUCCAGCACCCAUUGAAGCGACAGAUUGUGGACAGCUUCUUUCCCCGCCGCUGCGGGACCGCAACACUGUCAUUUGGGCAAUUUGUGGGCGCCUGCGCCACAGUGCUGGUGCCGCAGUUCAUAUACACCAAGAGCUUGGAGUGCUGUGGCCCAGCGCCCAGUGGACGCGCCGAUAAGAUGCGUCUGCUGUGCCAGAUGAUCGACACACAGGACCUGGGCUACAUACUGAUGAAGGACUUUCGCAAAUUCAUGGGCCACCUGAUCGAACAGCGCGGCGGCAAUCUGGCCGAGUUGCCUCUGCUGGAGAUGCAGGCAUUCGGGCUGAGCCCUUCGCCACCGGCACAACUCCAAUACAAGGAGUUUGAGUGCCGUCUCAGUGCCGUCGAUCUAGAGGAUCGUCUCUCCAUCCGCAAGUGGCUCGUAAAUGAGCUGGACGUGAACGAGGAGGCCAUCAGGGCCGCUGGCACUGAGACUGGGCAGGUGUCCGUGCAGCCCGGUAUGCAGGCGGUGCACAACACAUAAGUCCCC